CGGGCAUCCGCCAUUGUUGCAGCAGGCUCAAGCUCUGCUUCUCAAGAACUGUCGAGAAAUUCCGGUAAGAAACCCUUUCCCUUAAAUCAGUCCCCUCUUGAACCGACCUCCGUUUCCGGCGAGAAGAACAAAAGUCGAUGGAUCAAUCCUUCUUACUAAUGCUCUCAACCCUCCUUCAUUUCCACAACUACCUAGAUCCCACCAUUUCCCUCCUCCCCUCCACUCCCUCCUCCGCCUCCUCCCCUUCCUCCGCCUCCCUCAACUCCCCCACCUCCCUCCUCUCCUCUUCCUCCGCCGCACCUCUCCUCUUCUUCACCAUCGCCUCCGUUCUCUCCUUCAUCGCCUCCUCUCGCCCCAACUCACCUUCCUCCCCUUCCGCUGCCUCCACCACCACUCCCCCUCCUCCCACCUCCUCCUCCUCCAAUUACUCCGUGUCCGCCUUCCGCGCCUUCUCCACUGACCACAUCUGGUCCCUCGAAGCCCCUCUUCGCGACGCCCAUUGGCGCUCCCUCUAUGGCAUCUCCCACCCUGUCUUCACCACCAUCGUUGACAAACUCAAACCCCACAUUGCCCUCUCCAAUCUCUCUCUCCCUUCCGAUUACGCCGUUGCCAUGGUCCUCUCCCGUCUCUGCCAUGGCCUCUCCGCUAAAACCCUAGCUGCCCGUUUCUCCCUCGAACCCUAUCUCGUUUCCAAAAUCACCAACAUGGUCACCCGUCUUUUGGCCACCAAACUCUACGCUGAAUUCAUCAAAAUUCCGGUCAGUCGUCGGCGCUUGAUUGAAACAACUCAAGCAUUUGAAAAAUUGACAUCUCUACCCAAUAUGUGUGGUGCCAUUGAUAGCAGUCCAAUCAAGCUUCGUCGAUUGCCUGCCGACCAGAGCAUUUCGACUAAUUACAAUUGCCGAUUUGGGUAUCCAUCGGUUCUGCUUCAGGUCGUUGCUGACAACAAGAAGAUCUUCUGGGAUGUAUGCGUUAAAGCUCCUGGUGGCAGUGAUGAUGCGAGCCAUUUUAGGGAUAGUCUUAUGUACCAUAGGCUUACUUCUGGUGAUAUUGUAUGGGAUAAGGUUAUCAAUGUUAGGGGUCACCAUGUUCGUCCCUACAUUGUUGGAGAUUGGGGCUAUCCUCUGUUGUCUUUCCUGUUGACACCAUUUUCGCCGAACGGCAUCGGCACGCCUGCACAGAACCUGUUCGAUGGAAUGCUAAUGAAGGGUCGGUCUGUUGUGGUUGACGCAAUUGGGUUGCUGAAGGCUAGGUGGAAGAUCCUUCAGGAUUUGAAUGUGGGUUUAAGCCAUGCCCCACAGACCAUUGUUGCUUGUUGUGUACUGCAUAAUUUGUGUCAAAUUGCCAAGGAGCCAGAGCCUGAACCUUUGAAGGAUCCAGAGGAGACUGGCCCUGCUCCUGAUAUCCUUGACAGUGAGAAAUCCUUGUGUUACUAUGGUGAAAGUGUGAGGCAGGCGUUGGCUGAUGAUUUGCAUCAUAGGCUUUCAUCGAGAUAGCUAGUAUUUCAUCAAUUCGAAGGGAAGAUGAAUUUCCAGCCUCUGUUCUUCAAAUGCCGAACAAUUCUUUCACGAUGUAAUCCAUCCGGAUUUAUUGGUCGAGUAAAGCGAGGUAUAGGGUUUUGCUAUUCUUAAUGCUUUGCUUGUGUUAAAAAUGUCAUCUUGAUUCUAGAUGAGAUGACAUUUUGCAACUAACCAUUAAUGGAAACUAAAAUUUUAAGGUUUUGUUUUAUAGCAAUUUUAUUUUUAUUUUUCUUAGUUUUCCAUUUUUUAAAAAUUUUAUGAUAUCUGAUAGUAGAGUCGAGUCUCAGGAGAAGCUUCAUGUACAAUUAAUUGCACAGACGUCCAACACAUCUUUGUGUGAAAUACACCAACGAGAUCCAUAGGUACUAGAAAGCCCACUGCUAAUUGAUAUUGUUCUCUUUGGACUUUCCUUUUUGAGCUUCCCCUUAAGGUUUCUAAAACGCGUUUGCUAGGUUGAAGUUUUUACACCCUUAUAAAAAUGUUUCGUUCUCCCCCAUCGAUGUAGGUUCUCACAUAAAUGAUCAUGUCUCAUCAUUCCUACUAGUAAGUUUGAUUGACAUGUCCUCCCCCAUAGAAAUCUCCGCACUCUACAUAAAAAUCUUGUGAUAAACACUAGUUCUAAGUCACUAAAGUAUUGUGAUUAGAAAUGAUUGAUAGGGUUAAUUCUAG